AUGCCUCGCUUCUUCAAACGCUUGUUCAAGUUUCCGCAGAUGGACUUUGAAAUGGCAUUAUGGGAAAUGCUGAACCUCAUAAUAGCACCGAAGAAGGUCUUUCGGUCAAUAUACUAUCAUACAAAUCUAGAAACCAAAAACACAUGGCAUCGGCCGGACCCAUCAUUCACCUACCUCCUCUCGCUCUUCCUCCUCCUUACCUCGCUCGCAUGGGGUCUUGCCUACGCCGAUGGUUUUCCGCGCACCCUACGAAUAAUGCUAGUCUUUGUUUUUAUCCACUUCCUUCUUCUUUCUCUCUUGAUAGCGACAUUAUUCUAUUUUCUCGUGGGCAGGCUCCUCGGACCGGGUGUGAAGGGUUUGCCCGGUCGACGAAGGCAGGGACUGUUCAACGUAGAAGAUGGCGACGGCAACAACGAGCUCGAGUUCGGAUACUGCUGGGACGUUGCGAUAAGAGCAUUUGUGCCAAUAUGGGUGUUUUUGUACUUUGUUCAGUUCUUGCUCAUGCCAGUCAUUGCAAGCAAAUACUGGCUGUCUCUUCUCCUAGGAAACUCGCUUUACCUCGUCGCGCUCAACUACUACUUCAUAAUCACCUUCCUCGGAUACAAUGCGCUCCCUUUUCUCAAUCAUACACAUCUUCUCCUCGCCCCAAUCGCUGUUUGUACGAUUCUCUGGUUUGCCACUCUGUUCGGUCUCAACCUACCAAAACAUCUCGCUCCGGUGCUAUGGGCCGGCGCCAAGUUGAGAAAGGAUGUAUGA